AGUGAGACUAUUGUUCUCGAGAUUGUUCUACUUAAUUGUUUUCUAUCUGUGAAACUCUUCAAUAAUGAUUGAUUUGUGUCAGUGGAGGGCUAGAAUAGGAUCCUAUAACUGCUCCCGCCAUUGGUCACAAUCCAGUGCUUGCCGUAGUAACGUUACCGGUAACAUUUACCGUUGUAAUAAUGGUAUCAGCAACAGAUAUACUUCUACUACACAAAUGGAGACCCGGCCUAAACUCAUUCUGUCUAUUUUCUGUCUCUUUAUUCUCCUAUUCAUAGCUGGAGAUGUUGAACUUAAUCCUGGACCCACUCUUACAGAUAAGCCAACAAGAGAUGAAUUGGUUGAGUUAUUGAGUCGUUCAGAGUUUACUGCUGGUACUUGGAAGCAUUUUGUCUGCUCUCUGCCAAAUAUGACAUCAGAAAUUAUUGCUCGUAUCAAACAAGAAGAGGAUGCUGUGGAUCCAAAGAAAGAGGAAACUAGCUCUGACAAUUACAUGAGUGCUGUAGCUCAGUCUUGUCUUGAUAAUAUUCCUAAUUUAACUUGGAAAGUGAUUACGCUGGCUCUUAUUGAUGCAGAAGAACUUAUUCUGAUUCGUCAAGUUAUAAUGAAUUUGUCCGAAUGUUCUUGUUUGCAAGGCCUAGAUGAAAGUACAAAAAUAUACUUGACAGUUCAAAAAAUUAUGAGACGGCAUUAUGUUCAGUUAAAAGAGGUGACAGAGAGUUGGUUACAAAAUUUUGCUGAUAAAAUGUAUUCUGGUGACAUGACUAGUACAGAUGUCCAUAAAUCUCCAACCUUUCAUAAUAUUGCACAUGAGUUCACUUGUAGUUUAAAACUUUAUGAGGACAUAACAAAGCUAGAAGAGAAAUGUCAAUUGUUUUUAGCCAUCCUUUCUAGCAAUGGAGGCCCUGCAAAAUUGGAAGCAAGAGCACUGGCCAAAGACCUGGAGCAAGAAGUACUAAAAAAGCACAAUAUCAAAUGGACACUCAAGCAUAAAGAACAUGGAAUAGAACAAAAUUCAGAGAUUGAAGUGAACGCUGAAGGUGAAAUUGCUACUACACUUGAUGAACUGAAAGGCAAAUUUUCAACACUAGCCAUAAAAAUUAGAAAACAUUACCAUGAGUCUGCAAAGUAUAAAGCUAUUGAUGUUGCACGAGUUAUGAAUGAAAUAUCAAAAGAUAAAGAAUAUACAGAUUUACCUACAAUUGAUGCCGUCUUUAGUGCCGCUUGUUAUGACUUUUUGAACUGCUCAGUGAUAAUGGACUUUGUGAAGCAAGUCCCACUAGAUGAUGAUUUGCAAUCAGAGUUUCAACAAUACAUGAAAGAACUGAAAGAUUUUAAAAAAUCAACUACAUUGCGACAACUAGUGAAUCAAAUUAAGAAAGCUGUGCAACCGAAAGAAGAAUUGCCUCAAUUAACUUGUGUUGUUGUCGUUAAAGUAACCGAGGAUUAUGAUAAUAAAACAAUUGAUCAUCUUGAAGUACUAAAAAAAUAUAUAUUUGGACCCAACUCAGAAUUUCUUGAACUAGUCAAAGUUAGGAAAGGAUCGUUAACUCUUACGUUCUUGGCCCCAUCAACAUUGCAACAAACUUUUAUUCUCAGGAUAAAGGCAAUACACCAAUACAUUCUCUAUAUUGGUGUUUUUCAAAUUAUUAUUAAUGAUCGAACAAUCGUAGUCAUUGAUGGAGGUCAAUUUCCCCCUAAUUUUUCUUUAGAGGAAUCACUUAUUUUCGCAAUUGUGAGCGUGCAUAAUGCAAAGGACACAGAAUUUGAGAGGUUAGCAUUUCUCCUACUACAUCUUGAUAUCAAUAUUAAUUAUAAAAAUGAAAAGGGAUUCAGUGCUUUAUAUCUAGCUUCUGAAAUUGGUCAUUACCAGCUCGUUGAAGCAUUGCUUAAAAAAGAUGCAUGUGUGAUCAACAUUCAAGAUGACAAUGGAUGGACACCUUUGAUGGCUGCCAGUGCUGAUGGGAAAUAUCAAGUUGUCGAACUUUUACUGACUAAAAAUCCAGAAAUAAACAUUCAGAGCAAAGAUGGAUGGACUGCAUUGAUGCUCGCUUGUCGUUAUAGACAUCAAAACACAGCUGCAAUUUUACUAUCAAAAAAUCCUGACAUCAGCAUUCAGAAUAAACGCUUUGGUGUGACCGCUUUAAUUAUUGCUAGUGCUUCAGGAUUACCAGUUGUUGAAACCAUUCUCAAUAGAGCUAAGCCCUCUGACAUUAAUAUUUGCAGUAAUGAAGGAAUGACUCCUUUGAUGAUGGCUUGUCAGCAAGGACAUUACCAAACUGUUAGACUCAUACUCAGCAAAAAUCCCGAUCUCAAUAUUCGAAAUAAUGUUGCUGGAUGGACUGCAUUGAUGCUUGCAUCUAGUAAGGGAUAUCAUCAGAUAGUUGAAUUAUUGCUUAGUAAAGAUCCAGAUAUUAACAUUAAAAGCUUUGAUGGAAUGACUGCUCUUUUGCUUGCUACUGAUAAGGGGCAAAUUCAAGUUAUUAAUUCUUUACUUAAAAAAAAUCCAGAUAUGAAUGUUCAAGGUUACGAUGGAACUACUGCUUUAAUGCGUGCUUCAAACAAGGGAUUUUACAAUGUUGUGGAACUUUUGCUGAGUAAAGAUCAAAAUAUCAACAUUCGGGGCGAUAGAGGAUCAACUUCUUUGAUCAUGGCUAGUUGCAACGGCCAUCACCAGGUUGUUGAGCUCUUACUGAGUAAAAAUCCAGAUGUUAACAUUCAAGAUUCUGAUGGGUUUACUGCCUUGAUAAUUGCUUGUGUAAAAGGACACCAUCGAGUUGUUGAAGUUAUAUUGAGAAGUGAUCCAGAUUUAGAUGUUCAAGACAAAGAAGAAUGCACUGCUUUGAUAAAUGCUUGCUUGAUGAAUCAUCACAAAAUUGUUACACUUCUUUUGAAUAAAAAUCCAAACAUCAAUAUUCAAGACAAUAAUGGAUGGACUGCUUUGAUGACUGCUAGUAAUUUUGGACUUUACCAUGUUGUUCAACUCUUACUAAAUAAAGAUCCUGAAGUUAACAUCCAGAGCAAAGAUGGAUGGACUGCUUUAAUGCUAGCCUGUCAAGAGGGACAUCACCAGGUUGUUGAACUUAUAUUGUCUAAAAAUCCAGAUUGUAAUAUUCAAAAUAAGUAUGGAUUGACUGCUUUGAUGCUAGCUUGUGAAAAUGGACAAGAACAGGUUAUCAAAUUAUUGUUAAGUAAAGGUAUAAAUGCUAACAUUCAAGACAAUGAUGGAUGGAGUGCAUUGAUGCAUGCUUGCCAAAGAGGAUACCAUCAGAUUAUUAGCCUGCUAUUAAGUAACAAUGUAGACAUUGAAAUUCCAAGUAAGGAUGGCACUAAGGCACUCACUUCAAUCUUAUUAUUAUCUAAAUCAAUGAUCAAAAAUUUGCAAAAUAAAUGCAGUGGAUGGGCUUCACUAAAUAUAUUACUCAUGGAUCAUUCAAAAUCGUUAGAGCUACUUCUCAACUGUCAUCCUAACCACAUGCAUAUCUUGGAUGGCAUGGAGCUUCAUUCAUUAGCUGUGGCAGCAUGGGCAAAUAACGUGGAAGCUGUUGAGAUUUUAAUAAAGAAAUGUGACGUCACUCCAGAAAAUAUUAGUAGUGCUUUUACCCAAGCAUGUUAUCAAGGCCACUCUUCAGUCAUGAUUCACUUGUCAGAGAAGGUAUCUACUCUUUCAGUUAAUGAGAGAAAAUUAUUAGUAGCAGCUGCUAAAGGAGAUUUAGGAACAUUAAUUGGUAUGAUUAUGAAUGAUGGACCUGAUGGUAUGAGUCCAGAUUCUCGACUCGUAGCUGGUAUAACUCCAUUAAUGAUAGCAGCUUCAUGUGGACAUGUUGAAUUAGUUGAGGCACUAAUAGGAGUUGGAGCUGAUGUUAACAUAACUGACAUUGAAGGGAACACUGCACUGGAUGUGACCAAAAAUAUCAAGUUAUACGAUCGAAAGGAUAUCAUUACAUUAUUAGCUGAUAUCCCUGCUGAUGUUGCUUUGCCAGUUUCAUCAAUUGAAAAGAAAGAAAAGAAGAAAAUAUUCAUUACAAAACCGUUGGAAUUCUAUUUUAGCAGGCUUAAGUCUGUCUUAAUGAGAGCAUAUAAUCCAGCAGCUGAAAAAAAGAAGAAACAAAGAGCUUCCUUUGGAGCAUCAAUGGCACCAUUUGCAAAAAAUGACACACAACGAUGGGUGCAAUAGCUGGUUUAUAUGGUAUUGCUUCUUUGCUGACUAUACUUGUAGAUCUGGUAGUUUUAUUAAAGAUUUAUAAUAGUUAUGCCUUGUGUUAGUAGAAAUAGUAAAUAUUCUUAGUUCUUUAAUAGUUAUUAUUUUGCAUAAAAAUUAUUGUUUUUUGAUUUUAAAUAAUUCAAUGCAGUGGCGUAGCUACACUGGGCCUGUGGGGGCAAGUGCCCUUAUAACUGCUUCCUGUGCCCCUACAACUAGGCAAGAGAAAAAAGAGAUACAAGUUUAAAACUGACUGUUCAAGCUAAUUCUGAUAUCCAAAAUAGCAAGUUAAAAUAAGAGUAUUACACUGAUAUAGAUUUACCAGUAUACGUAUAGUGCCAGCAAGUAAGACAAAGAUAAAGUGAUAGCCAACAAAUAUGGAUACUGAAUCGACAAUAACAUCAUAACAACAAUAAUCAAAAAAGUCUUUUAGAAUAAAGUGUGUGUGCUUAUAUAGAAUCAGAGAAUUAAGUUCUAGAAUGUUCUGAGCAAUAGUAGUGUUAACUGUUAAACAAAGUGAGAAAGUGUAAUUGUAUUGCAGAGGCAUGCUAAUGUGUUAAUAAUUAAU